AUGAGCGGCGGCGGUCAGGAUCUGCAGCUGCCUCCGGGGUUCCGGUUCCACCCGACGGACGAGGAGCUGGUGAUGCACUACCUCUGCCGCCGCUGCGCCGGCCUGCCCAUCGCCGUCCCCAUCAUCGCCGAGAUCGACCUCUACAAGUUCGACCCAUGGCAGCUCCCCAGGAUGGCGCUGUACGGCGAGAAGGAGUGGUACUUCUUCUCCCCUCGGGACCGCAAGUACCCGAACGGGUCCAGGCCCAACCGCGCCGCCAGGUCCGGCUACUGGAAGGCCACUGGCGCCGACAAGCCCGUGGGCACGCCCAAGCCGCUCGCCAUCAAGAAGGCGCUCGUGUUCUACGCCGGCAAGGCGCCCAAGGGCGAGAAGACCAACUGGAUCAUGCACGAGUACCGCCUCGCCGACGUCGACCGCUCCGCCCGCAAGAAGAACAGCCUCAGGUUGGAUGACUGGGUGCUGUGCCGCAUCUACAACAAGAAGGGCGGGCUGUUGAAGCCGUCGGCGGCCGCCGGCGACCACAAGCGGAUGGUGUUCGCUGCGGCCGCGAUCAUUUAUAACAACCCAAAAACCAUUAUUUUGGGUAAAAACACAAUGUAG